AUGCAAGAGGUGCGAAAAGAUGUGCGUCUACCGGUCCAGCUUCAACGAGCUAUGGCUGCAGAGGCCGAAGCCACCCGGGAGGCUCGAGCCAAGGUAAUUGCUGCAGAAGGCGAGGAAAAAUCAUCUUUUGCAUUGAAGCAAGCUGCCGAUGUGAUUCGAAGUUCCCCGUUUGCGUUACAACUCCGUUAUUUGCAAACUUUGAGCGCCAUCUCCGCGGAGAAAAAUUCCACUAUAAUAUUCCCAUUGCCCAUUGAUAUGCUUGUCAAUCUCGUUCGUCGCUGA